AUGGGAACAACAGACCAAGAAAUGAACUCACGCGGCGAGGUGGUGGAGUCGCCAUUGCAUCUCCACAAUUCCAAUUCCAACAACAACAACAACAAGAACAGCAACAUCCCCUUCACUUCCCUGGGAAGGCAGUCCUCCAUCUACUCCCUCACCCUCGACGAAUUCCAGCACACCCUCUGCGAGGGCGGCAAGAAUUUCGGCUCCAUGAACAUGGACGAGUUCCUCAACAGCAUCUGGACCGCCGAGGAGAAUCAGGCCACCGGAGGGGGCGGCGGACACGCCGUCGUUCAUAAUUCCAACCCGCCCGCGAUUUCCAUGUCGGCGGGUGUCAACAACAACGGGGACCCGACGGGUUCGGGCGAACCGGGUCGGGGGAUCUCCAAGCAGACUAGCCUGCCGCGGCAAGGCUCGCUCACUCUCCCGGAGCAGCUCUGCAGGAAGACGGUCGACGAGGUUUGGUCGGAGAUUCACAACGGGAGGAUUAACAAGGCGAAGGCGGCGGCGGAGGCGGCCAAGAGCGAAGGGAAUUCCAAUUCUUCACGGGGAAACGUGCGGAAUGCCGAUUCUACCCCUCGGCAGCCGACUUUUGGGGAGAUGACCUUGGAGGAUUUUCUGGUCAAGGCAGGGGUAGUUCGGGAACAACAAUGUGGGGCAGCAGCUGCUGCCGCCGCCGCGGCUCCGCCUCUCCUUCCACCUCAACAGCAGUCGCAGUACGGGAUGUACCAGUCCGGCGGCGGCGCUGUCGCGGCGGGGUUUCUUCCCCGGUCGAUCGGAAGCGGUGGGGCGGUGGGUAAUUACCAGUCGGUCCUUCCACAAACUGGUGGGCCCAUGGGAGAAUCAUCCGGAAGGAACGGUGGUUACGCGCCGCAGCAGCCUCCGCCGCCGCCAGCAGCUGUUUACGGUGGGAGAGUAGGGAAUGGAAUCGCCGGCGGAGGGGGUUAUGCGCCGGCUCCACUGGUGGGGCCUGUUAGUCCAGUGUCGUCGGAUGGGAUGGUGGCGAAUGUGGAUGCGGUGGGGAAUCAGUACGGGAUGGAUAUGAGUGGGUUGAGGAGCCGUAAGAGAAUAAUUGAUGGGCCGGUGGAGAAGGUGGUCGAGAGGCGGCAGCGGCGGAUGAUCAAGAAUCGAGAGUCCGCGGCCAGGUCCCGUGCUAGGAAACAAGUGAGCGUUUCGACUGAUGGGUUUGGGUUGUUCGUUGUGUGUGUUGUAAUUGUUGUGUUCCGAUUGUAUGCUGAUCAUCGAGAAUUGCAGGCUUACACGGUUGAGCUGGAGGCAGAACUGAACCAGUUGAAAGACGAGAACAAGCAGCUCAAGCAAGCACUGGUUGAGCUAGAAAGGAAAAGAAAGCAACAGUAUGUUGAGGAACUGAGGACGAAGGGACAGUCGAAGGCACAGAAGGCCAGGGAGAGGCUGAGGCUCAUGAGAAGGAACCUCAGUUGUCCGUUGUGAUAUCACUUGGUGGCGACAUGGAAACCCGUUAUGAGUCCUUUAUGAGUCUGCGGCCGAGAGCUGGUGCACCUGCGGGGUAAGUUUCGCAGCCGGUGGUGCACCUGUGGGAGAGAUCCGGUGCAGAUCAAUGACGAAAGGAAGAGAUACACUUGCAUUGUGAAAGCAUUGUGAGAGGUCGAGAGGUUGUACAACGGGUGGCUCCAGAGACCAGAAGGAUGGACAAAGAGUCGAAGGCAUGAAAUGUAGCCUAAGCUUCAUUCGAAAUGCUAAUGAUUGUAGUUUUUACUUUGAAGAAACUUGUAUCAUCACCAUAGGAGUUAGCUUAAUCACCCAGCGGCGGUGCAUCGAGAACUGGAUAUAGAGCUAGUGAAUUUGUUUUGACGAAGGAAAGUAAAAUAAGUUUAGAUGCUUGUUUGCUUAAAAUGGUGUCUGCUAGCCAUUGCUCAUAUUAUUCAUUUCUGGAGUUAGGUCGAGUGAUCUGGCUACGUCGAGGCGAAGAUAGUUGUACCGGGAGCGAAUUUGAUCUUGGUUGACAACUAAAAGACAGAGCAGGGUAAAAUGGAGACUCAUCACUCAAAAGUUUGCUCGAGGGGAGGAAAGACAUGC